GCCUUAUCAACGAGCACAGAAAUGUUUGGCAUACCUUUAAAAUACAUCAGUUUAUUAACUCUGUGCAUUCAGAAUAGCACACUUGUUACUAUAAUGAGAUGUUCUAGACUUGGACAGGACAAGGAUGCAUUAUAUUUCACUUCCGCAGCUGUAUUUCUAUCAGAACUAUCAAAGUUUCUUAUAUGUCUUUACUAUGCAAUAAAAGAUCAAAAAAUAAGAAAAGGUUACCGGAGUCCAAGAGAACUUUUCAAUGAGAUUUUUGCUCAUGAUGCAUGGAAAUUGGUUGUGCCAGCCGUUUUGUACACUAUUCAAAAUAAUCUACAAUACAUAGUUGUAGAUUUAUUAGAUGCUGGAACUUUUUUCAAGUAA